UGGAAAAUCAGGGGACAUGCAAAUUCCAUGAAUUUUUUUUAAUGGUACCUUUCCUUCCAGAUAGUGACCCAUCCUUGAUUCAAGGGGGUUUGGUUGACGUUACCAUCCCGCCGUACCUGCCAUUGCGCCUUACGCUGGCGAGAAUCCAAUUCUCCUGAUGACUAUGACCUGACACCAAUCGCAAUGGUCGUAUUCUCGCUCGUCAUCAUCAACAAAGCCGGCGGCCUCAUCUACCAGCGCGAGUUCCAAGCUGGGCUACAGAAACUCUCCACAAAUGACUACCUUGUCCUAGCCGGUACCUUUCAUGGCGUCCACGCCAUCACACGCUCUCUCACACCGCGAAUUGCUACCGGGUCGCCGUCAACAUCUACAUCGACCUCGAGCACGACGCCGACCACCCAUUCCACCCUCCCCAACCCAGGCCUACCGAAAACUGGGCUCGAAGUGCUUGAAACGGAGAAAUUCCGCCUGACAUGUUUCCAGACCAUCACCGGCACGAAGUUCUUGCUAUUCACCGAUCCAUUGAUGCCCAACGUUGAUACGCUGAUGCGCAAGGUCUACGAAUUAUACGCGGAUUAUGUGAUGAAGAAUCCGUUCUAUCAGAUCGAGAUGCCGGUCAGGUGCGAGGCUUUCGACCGGCAUUUGGGCACGUGGUUGAGAAGUCGAGGUUAAACAAAUAGAGGGCGUGGUGGAUCCGUGAUGUUGCCAUUUGCACCAGCAAUACAUAUGACACUUUCAAAGCAAUUUAUUUAGUCGCUGCUACGGGACGAGCAGCACACUAUAACCGAAAUAUUGUGCUCGGUUUAACUUCAUAAAACGUACGCCAAUAACACCAGGGAUGCAUCGAGCAUAGAAAUCUAGAUAGAUAUAACAACCUAUUCUAAAUAACGCCAUC